AUGUAUUUUUGUUCCAGAAAGAAACAAAUCGUUAAGAACAUAGAACCUAGUGGUACUGCUGCAGAAGAGGAUAAAGAAUAUGACGUAGAGUUAAUUCUAGAUAAGCGUUUAAAUAAUAAUAAGGUAGAAUACUUCCUUAAGUGGAGAGGCUACAGUAACAGAGAAAAUUGUUGGGUAUCUGAAGAUGAUCUGAAUUGCCCGAGUUUAAUAAAACUGUUUGAAGAAAAUCUUAUUAAGGAGAAGAAAGAAAGAAAAAAAAGGGCAAAACUUCAGCGUGUUGGCAGUGGCGUGAAGACACGUUCAAAUUCAACAACUUCAUGUGCUUCAUCGGACGCUCAUUCUGUUAGUGCAGUGGUAAAACCGGAAAAGAAAGACAUUAAAAAAGUCAAAGUUUGCGAUGUUUCAAAUGUGUUAGAGAAGAUUCCAGAUCGAAUUUUAGGUGCAACUGAUAGAAGUGGCCACUUGAUAUUUUUGAUGAAAUGGAAAGGACUUGAAGAAACUGAAUUGAUAUCGGCUCAAGAGGCUAAUUUAUUGUGCCCACAAGUCGUUAUAAAGUUUUAUGAAAGUAGACUUUCAUGGGGAAAUGGUGUUUAA